GGCAGCGCCCGGCGCGGCGGCGGCUCCGCGGCUCAGGCACGAUGCUGCCCCUGUCUCUGCUGAAGACGGCGCAGAAUCACCCCAUGCUGGUGGAGCUGAAGAACGGGGAGACGUACAACGGGCACCUGGUGAGCUGUGACAACUGGAUGAACAUCAACCUGCGGGAGGUCAUCUGCACGUCCCGGGAUGGAGACAAGUUCUGGAGAAUGCCAGAGUGCUACAUUCGUGGCAGCACGAUUAAAUACCUGCGUAUCCCCGAUGAAAUAAUUGACAUGGUGAAAGAAGAGGUGGUGUCCAAAGGCAGAGGCCGUGGUGGGAUGCAACAGCAGAAGCAACAGAAGGGCCGUGGUGUUGGAGGUGCUGGACGAGGUGUGUUUGGUGGCCGUGGCCGAGGAAUACCGGGCAGUGGAAGAGGCCAACAGGAAAAAAAGCCAGGCAGACAAUCAGCAAAGCAAUGAGAAGGCUGCCUGCAGCCUGGCCGGGGACAGUGCUGCGAUGCCGUUUGGUUUUUAUCACCUCAGGAUUGCCGUGUGUUCAAAAGCGUUACCUUUCUACUCUUCCGUCAGUUGAUCAGUGCCCGAAUCAUGUAGUUUGGAAGCCCCUCGCAAGUUAGUCUGGUAAAGUGGAGUUAUUCGCUCCUUGUAGUCAGCAAGUCAUUGGAAAUAUUUAAAAAAAUCAUUCCUGGUUAAGGACCUAAGUUCUGCCUUCUCCUGAGAGUGAAAACAGUAUUUAAUUUUUCAGGGUCACCAGGUUUAAUUUAAAAGAUUAUCGUGUACAGUGCUAUAAGAACGAAGGCAAAUACUUUCUGGAUUGUUUGGAUUUUUUUAAUACUUGAAACUUGGGAAGCUUGUUGCAUUUGUAACAGAUGCGAGUGUUUUGGUUUAAAAAACACUUAACUUGA